ACAGAUCCCCAGAGUCAGGUGGACAGAACCCGAGAAGAUCAACUCAUUAUACGAUACUAGAUAGAUCUCUCGUAUCUCUUGCAGUAUAAUACUCGAUAUUAAUCCAGUAUUAUUUCAACUUACCCUUGUACACCUCUCACCACUUCACCAUGGGCUGCAACAACUCUCGCCACAUCCUCGAGAUGGAGUCUCGACCUAUCCGUCCUGUGACCCUCUCAAGCCAUUCAGUUGGCUCUGUCAUGGCUCCCUCGUCCAUCUUUCAAGACUUCCCUGAAACCUCGGAGUUGAGUCGACAGCAGAUCAUCGACGCCUUCCAACACAUGGCCGAGUAUCUGAACGAAUGUGGUACAUACGUGAAGUGUGCUGUCGUCGGCGGUGUUGUAAACGCACUUUAUCUGCGUCACAGAGAGACGACUCCCGACGUCGAGUUUCUUCUUCACGAUCCUGCCUCGAAAGAGUAUAUCAAGCUCAGCAAUGCUGCCAGUUUCGCCAACAAGAAGGCACAAGGAACUCUCGGAGAGCAGUGGUUCAACAACUCUAUGCAAUUCUUCGUGCCUCGAAAUGUCCAGGUCGAUAUUCUUCAAUGGGCCAAGGACCAGCAUGAAGUCAUCUUCGAGCACCGCGGAAACUACGGCGGUUUGACAGUUUACGCUGCCCCGUGGGACUAUGCGUUGUGCAGCAAACUCAACAGCCUCUACGACAACAUCCGAGCCGAUGAUAUGGAGGAUGCAGUUGCAUACCUACAUCGAUAUCUGACAGUUACUCACCAAGAGUCUCUCAACGGAAACCAAGUCAACGGCUGGUGCAGGAAGUACCAUCAAGAUGUUUCGCGAGAGGUACUGAAUCGUCUUGGAGAGGCAUAUGCUCGAAAGCACGGUAGCUGGCCGCUUCAGUGGUGAAGACGGUUGCAGGAGGAUUAAGAAUUUGUUUGAAUGUUAGAUAUAGACGGCAUGAACUUAUGAUGAUACCCAAAGCUCAUUAGCGAGCCCACUUAAUGAUAAUACUUGUUUGAAUCGGUA